AUGACUGGGUCAUCGGUGCGGGCGACAAUGAGACAAGAUGUAUACAACAAUACUUCGACAAAGGAAGGACUAGAUUUCCCAGCGUCCUUAUUCUCUUUACCUGUAGAGAUCCAACUACGAAUAUACCUGUACCUAUCUCCAGAUGAUUUGGGUAUUCUGGGUAGAUAUGUGAGACAGUUGAGAGGGAUAGAAGCUGAUGGUUAUCUGAGGGAGAUUUGGUUCAAGCAUACCGCACCAAGUCGACUUGACCAUUAUCUGUUCGCACCGAGUCAUGGUAGACCUGACCCAUCCGAACUGGUGAGAAGAGGUACGUUAAGAGGAAUAGCAGUGAUUUCAAGUAUUAGGUCAAAUGGUUAUUGGUGUAGUGAAUCUGCAGUUAGACUUUCCCAAAUACAUACCAAAUUACAUCAAGAGAACCUCAAACGUAUAUUGAAUUUACAUAUUACAUCAAAUAGACCUUCAAUAAAAUCACUUCAUUCGAGGAGGAUCUUGCCUACUUCCAACAUAUUAACUUCAUCAAAGAUAUCAGCUAAAAUACAUUUAUUGGAAAAAGCUCGUGCUAAAGAUAAGAUCAAGAAGGCCUUGACUGAUAGAAAGGUGGGACAAGAAAAGUUGAUUGAUAUUCUCAAUCAAACAAAUGGGAUGAUGGGCGUUUGGAAAGAUGAUAAUGAAAGGAUUAGAUUGGCUCUUUGUGGUUCUAUCAAAAGUGUUAAGAGAUACUGGGAGGAAAGGACAUCUAGGUUCAAUUAG